AUGGUCUUGUGCAAUCUAUCCGUCCUCGUCAAAAUUUCCAUGGCUAUUUCCGAGCUAUCCAUAACCUUAUUCAUGGUCUAUUUUCUCAUCAACUUUGCGUCUCUUGCAUCCUCCUCUUCCUCUGCUGAUACCAUUUGCAACCUCACACCUUAUCCAACAUUUUGCGAAUCCAAUUCACCUUCAAAAGACCAAGCCGAGAUACAUGAAUAUGGCCGGUUUUUCGCAAGCAAAUCCUUGUCAUCAUCAAAGAAGUUUCUUUCAUUAGUCUCUAAAUACCUAAAAUCUCCCUCCAAGUUCUCUAUGUCAACGAUGCUUGCCCUUCAAGAUUGCCACCUUAUAGGUGACCUGAAUAUAGAUUUUUGGUCUAAGACUCUACACAGUAUCAAUUCCACCAACACCCUCAGUAGCUCAGAAGCUGAAAAUUUGCAUUCCUUGAUUAGUGCUACUUUGACAAACCACGACACCUGCUUAGACAGCCUUCAACAAACCGCGUCAAGCCCUGACGAUGACCUACUAAGCCAUCUUUCGAAUGGAACCAAGUUUUAUAGUAUAUCUCUUGCCAUCUUUAAGCGGGGAUGGACAAACAAAGUAAACAAAGAAAGAAAACUAGCAGAAAGCAAUAAUAAUCUCAUGUACGAGCGUAUCAUCAGAAGAGGAAGAAAGCUGCUUCAGUUGGAUCCUGACAAUGUUGUUGUGAACCAACUUGUUGUAGUGAACCCAGAUGGCUCUGGAAACUACACAACUAUCAAUGAUGCGGUGUCUGCAGCCCCAAACAACACCGGCGGUAUCAAUGGGUUUUUCAUGAUUUACGUGGUGGCUGGAAUAUACGAAGAGUAUGUUUCUGUUCCCAAAUACAAGCAGUACUUGAUGAUGGUAGGAGAUGGAAUUAACCAGACCAUAAUCACGGGUAAUCGGAGCGUGGCAGCUGGCUGGACUACCUUCAAUUCUGCUACAUUUGCCGUGGUUGCACAAGGUUUUGUGGCAGUCAACAUAACAUUUCGUAACACAGCUGGAGCAAUUAAUCACCAAGCAGUAGCACUCCGAAGCGGGGCAGACCUGUCUGCAUUUUAUAACUGUAGCUUUGAAGGAUACCAAGACACCUUAUACACACAUUCUCUUAGGCAAUUUUAUAGAAACUGUGACAUUUAUGGCACGGUGGAUUUCAUAUUUGGUAACGCUGCAGUUGUUUUGCAAGACUGUAAUAUCUACCCAAGACUCCCAUUGGACGGUCAAUUCAAUGCCAUUACCGCACAGGGCCGAACUGAUAUUAACCAAAACACUGGCACUUCUAUACACAAUUGUAACAUAACCGCAGCUAGUGACUUAGCCACUAGUAAUGGCACCACAAAAACGUACCUAGGCAGGCCAUGGAAGCAAUAUUCAACAACAGUUUACAUGCAGUCUUUCAUGGAUAGCUUCAUCGAUCCUUCGGGUUGGACAGAAUGGUCAGGGGAUUUUGCCUUGGACACCCUUUAUUAUGCUGAAUUUGAUAAUCAGGGCCCAGGAUCUAACACUAGCAAUAGGGUUACUUGGCUUGGGUACCAUGUCAUCAAUGCCACAGAUGCAGUCAAUUUCACAGUUUCUCUUUACAUACAAGGUGAUGCUUGGCUGCCUGCAACCGGAGUACCUUACUAUGCUGAUUUGCUUUGA